AUGCCGCCUUAUUCACAAAUUGCGUGCAGGGGAGUUUCUAGCCCCUUGGCUGCCCGGGGGGCGGGGCUGCCGGGUGGCAGCUUCGGGAGACUCCCGAAGCCGGCACCCAUCAGCGGCAUCCCCUCGUGCCGCGGCUGCUCGUGCCUGCGCGAGAAGCCGCAGCACGAAGGGACGUCCUUGUCUUUAACAAACGAUGGUGUAUCAGCUGCCCAUCAGCUGGGCCAUGCGGUCUUUGGCUUUGUCCACGACGACCUUCCGGAACUUAAAGGCAGAAGGUGUGACUGCACCUGCACCUCGGAGCGUGGCCGCUGCGUCAUGCAUUCAGCUGUUGCAGGGUGCCACCGCUUCAGUAACUGCAGCAAAAAUGCAUAUUACGAAUUCCUAGCGAACCGGGGGAAAUUUUGUUUACUGAAUCUGCCUAGGGACUCAUUUGAAACCUACACUGAGAAUACAUUUAUGUUAAAGAUGUGUGGAAACGGAGUGGUGGAAGGCGAGGAAGAAUGUGACUGUGGUAGGCCUGAGGACCUAAAACAACAGAAAAACGUCGCUUCGCUAUCGAAAAACAGAAUGAAAGAACUCAAGAUGCUGGAGGAGUGCCAGAAAAACGAGUGCUGCCAGGAGAAUUGCAAGCGGAAACCAUACACAAUGUGCAGUUACGGACUCUGCUGUGACAAAUGUAAGAUUGUCCCCGAAGGGAAAGAAUGCCGGGAAGCAGCUUCCGAAUGUGAUUUCCCCGAAUACUGCGAUGGGGUUUCCGCCAAAUGCCCCACGGAUGUGUACAAGCAAAACGGGAUGCCCUGCGGCACCAACGACAUCUGCUAUUCGGGGAAAUGCUUCAAUGCUCACCAGAAGUGCGAAGAUAUCUUUGGCAAAGGUGCAAAAAGUGCUCCGCUGAGUUGCUACAAAAAAGUCAACGUGAGAGGAGAUCGGAUUGGCAACUGCGGCAGGAAUAAAUUUGGGUACAAGAAAUGCAAAGAAGAAGAUGUCCUUUGCGGAAGGAUCCAAUGCACCAACAUCCAUAAAAUCCCAAGAUUUGCAGCCGAUCAGUCUAUAGUUCAGACUCCUAUAGACAAUCUAUUGUGUUGGGGAAUAGUUUCCCACAAAGGGGAUGACAUGCAUGACGCUGGAGCGAUAGCAGAUGGAUCAGCGUGCGGCGACAACAAGGUGACGUCGGUUACCUCUGAGCAGGGCUGA